GUCGGCCCUUUCAUAGUUACUUGCUCGGGCAUUGACUUGGAGUUCGAUCAUUGCCAAUUUGCCGGUCGACCGAAUACACUCUCAAUUCUCAAAUGUACAGCAGAAAGGCUUGAUCUGCUGUUCUCCUUCUCCAUCGCCUUUGCUACAUCCAGCUUCCUGGUCAACCUCGAAUUGAUCCGGCUGUUGGGCUCCGCUCAUCGCUGCUCUCUCUUCACCGGCUGGUCUCCUCGUUGGACGGGGCAUCAAUGUCAGGAGGAGCAGGAGGAGGACUGGUGGUGCGUGUGUGGAAAGAAUGGGGGAUCCAGAUAUUGGUUGUCACCAGCUUCCUGCUUCAGCUCGUCCUCCUUGUCUUCGGUGGGUUCCGGCGGCGCAGUUACUCAGGCGUGCUGCUGACCUUCCUCUGGCUGUCGUACCUGAUGGCCGAUAAUGUUGCGGUAUAUGCCCUUGGGCACAUGGCCCUUGAGAGCAGGCCGCAAGAUGAUGCCGGGCUUGUGGCGUUCUGGGCGACCUUCUUUCUGCUCCACCUGGGUGGCCAGGACACCAUCACUGCCUUCUCCCUACAGGACAACCAGGUAUGGAGACGCCACCUGCUGACUCUCCUAGUGCAGGCAUCGGGAGCCGGUUAUGCCAUCUACCGGUACACCAUACCGGGUACCUGGACCUUGGUCUCAGCCACCAUAGUGAUGUUCAUAGUGGGUUUCCUCAAGUACGGGGAGAGGGUGUGGGCUCUCCAAAGAGGCAACAGUAGUGACACUUUUGCUUUGUUGGAAGUUUACCCCAAAACUUCUCAAGAACGGGAUAACAUGUUGAAGAUCAGAGCUAAGAUGGAUAGAGAGGAGCUUAUUCUAUUCGAUGCUCAUUACAUGUUCCAUUUUUGUGCGUGUGAAUUAAUAUUUAUCAAUGUCAGCAUGCAAAGGUGGGCAUAUACAGACAUGUACGAACGCAUCAGGGACCCAGUUAUCCGUUAUUUAGACCCCCUUAUGCCUCUGCCUUAUGAAUACAACAUGGACAUGUAUGACCUGGUCGAGGCGGAGCUCUCCCUCCUGUACGACAUGUUUUACACUAAGGCGCAGGUGGUUCACACUUGGCAAGGCUGCUUGAUCCGUGUCAUCUCACUGCUUGGCACCGUGGGCGCAUUCUUGUUGUUCCGUCUUGACGAUGGUAAAGGUACUCACAGCAGAGUAGAUAUCUCCAUCAGUUACGUGCUAUUGGUUGGGGCCAUCGUUCUGGAAACCAUAUCAGUGUUCAGAAUUGUAGGAUCAACAUGGACGUGUCAUUACUUGCACUGUCAGGGAUGGAACCGAGCUAACGCUAUGGUUUUGAGCAUUCGUCGUCUUCUCAAGGUGGGAAGACAAAGAAAAUGGAUGCACUCCAUAGGGCAACAUAAUGUGUUGGACUACUGCACCCGUGACCAAACCAAGUGCACAAACAUGAUCGAAGAGGCAAGUACUGCACUUAAAAAGUGGCGGAGAAAGGUCAAAUUCUCAGUUAAUACGAAGAUCACGAUGAAGUUCAAGGAGCUAGUGUUGCGACAGGUAGUGGAAACAAUGACUGCUCAUUCUAGGUCAUGGAGUAUCCUGGAUGCACCGGGAGAAUAUGUGCUAACGGAAUACGGAAUCUGGGGUGAUAUGGGCUUUUCUGUGAAGGGCAGGGAUUUCGCCCAUUGCAUUCUCAUCUGGCAAGUUGCAACCGACAUUUACUUUUGCUGCUGUGAUGACAGCCAGCAUCAAAGUAGGCGCCUCAACGCUGAAGAGGACGAUAAACUCCUUGUAGAGGCAAUAAAGGUUUUAUCUAACUACAUGGGUUUUUUAAUGAUACACCCAAGCUUACUGCCCGGCGGAGUUCCAAGCGAUUUUACCAUCAAUGAUUUGGAGGAGCUGUGGAAGACCAGUAAAUGUUCUACUAACAGGGAGUUUGCAAGGUCAUUACUUGACCAUAAAAGGGAUGCUCCUUAUAUAUCUCUUGCUUGUGAGCUGCUUGGAAACAAAAUGAAUUUCUCGAUGCUGCAAGUCAUCUUCGAGGUGUGGGUGGAGUUCCUGUGCUAUGCAGCCCACCACAGCAGCCCUAUUUCCCACUGCGGACAGCUUGGCAGGGGCGGUGAGUUCCUCACUGUUAUCCGCCUCGUCAUAGAUCACAUCCAGCUAUUUCAAAGGCGUACGUAGUUAUCAGAGGCUUCCAAGUGACGCUGACAACUUAUAGGAGAGGUUCAUCUCAUAUACCUUGUUGAUUUAUAUGCCUCGAAUGUAAUGUACUUCCUCUUUUUAUCUUAUAUUUUAUAUUUAUAGGAGACAUUUUAGAUCACUAAAGUAGCAUAGAUCACUUAUCUCAUAUUUAUGGGAGUAGUAUCUAUGCUACACUUUUUUUUUAAAUCUUUUUGAGCUUGCUACCAUUUUUAUUGGAAUAACAGCAUGGGCUACUCUAUUACAUCUGAUGUUGAUUUCUAAGCCUCGAAUGUGAGAUCUAUGCUACCCAUUUCUAUUGAAAUGGUAACUCUGUUUUUGUGUUCAUGGAAUAGCAAUAUGAGUUCC